GCUGAGCUGCAGCUUAUUGUGCUACAUGGAUACGAAAGACGUACACAACUCCUUGAGAGAUAUUUACUGCGCAACUAUUUUUAAUUAUUUUUAAACCAUAUGCCUACUUUGUUACUGUGAAUAACAAUCUAUGGGCAACCUGUUUGGAGGGAAGAAGCGUCUCUGCAGCCUUUGUUCAGAGCUCACAGUGAUUUGGGAAUCCGGUCCCCAGGCAGGCUGUUCGUGACAGGUGCGCCCCGUGCGCAGAGAGGAUGGGCAGACGUGAGGCAGUGAGCAGAGGCGCAAUGAACACCAGCCACCGCUCCGAACUCGGGUGUCUGCAAGACGCGGCGUCCACCGGCAACCGCACCGGUGAUGAGUCCCCGAGGCUCGGCAGCCACCGUCCCUGUAGCGCGGACGAGCGGCAGCGCAACCCCGAUAUGGAUGCUGUGGGCCCGGCGACACCGAGUACCGCCGCCCCGAUGGAAGUGAAGAAGCACCAGCACAAACACAACUUGAAACACCGCUAUGAGGUCAUGGAGACUCUGGGUAAAGGCACCUACGGCAAAGUGAAGAAGGCUGUGGAGAGAGCAAGCCUAAAGACAGUGGCCAUCAAGUCUAUCCGCAAGGAGCGCAUCACUGAUGACCUGGACAGAGUUCACAUCCAGAGAGAGAUCGAGAUCACCUCCUCCCUCAGGCACUCCAACAUCAUCCGCUUCCACGAGGUGUUCGAGAGUCGGGAUAAGAUAGUGAUAGUGAUGGAGUUCGCCAGCAGAGGAGAGCUGUAUGAUUACGUCCACGAGAGGAGGAGACUGCCAGAGACAGAAGCAAGAGACAUCUUCAGACAAAUCACCUCGGCUGUCCACUACUGCCACAAGAAUGGUGUCGUCCAUCGAGACCUCAAGCUGGAGAACAUCCUUUUGGAUCAAGAUUGGAAUGUAAAGCUGGCUGACUUUGGCCUCUCCAACCAUUUCCGGAAGGGCAAUUUGCUGCAGACCUACUGUGGAAGUCCACUCUAUGCUUCACCAGAGAUAGUUAAAGGACUGCCCUACCAGGGGCCAGAGGUGGACUGCUGGGCACUGGGAGUGUUGCUGUAUGCCCUGGUGUAUGGCAGCAUGCCUUUUGAUGGUGCCAGUCACACCACUCUCACAGAGCAGAUCAGCCAAGGUCGCUACCGCAGACCCAGCCCCCCCUCAGAUGCCUGUGCUCUUAUCGACUGGCUGUUGACAGUGCGUGUGGAUGAGAGGGCCACAAUAGAGGAUGUGGCCAACCACUGGUGGGUGAACUGGGGUUAUGAGGAGAGUGUGUGUGACUGCCCUGCAUCCCCACACCAAGACUGCCCCUCCCCACUGCUGGCUCGCUACAUUGACUGGCAGAGUCGAGUCUCCGCUACCAACAGCAUGACUGUUGACCGCUCAUGCCUGUCCUCUGACGCCUCCUGUGCACCUCACUCCUCACCUCACCCCUUCUACUUCAGCUUCCCGCUGAAGGGUGACCGUGCAGGAGGAGGCGGAGGAAGGGUGCGUGGAGGAUUGUCAAGUCUCAGGAAGUCGCGCAAGGAGAAUGCCAUUCCCCAGACUGCACUGGGAUCUUGUGGUGCUGUUUGCACAACAGUUCCCACUUCUGUUACCGUUUCUUCCACUUCCACCACAGAGAGGAAGAAACCUAAGGGCAUUUUGAAACCCCAGAGGAGCUUUGACUCAGCCUUUCACAACCCUUCUAAAGACAUCUCUCCCUCCCAGCCUUGUAACACCAUUCCCAAGUCUUUUCGGCCACAAACCCUUGCCUACACACACACUGAAGUCCUGUCCACCAGCCUGCCGCCUCCAUCUGCAUUCAGUCAACCCUCAUCUAAGAUGCCGAAGAAGGGGAUCCUAAAGAACCUGUAUGGAGGGGAGUCGGCAAGGAUGUCUGGGACAGGCUCAGAUGUGGGAGGGAAAGUGGGUGGUGAUUCUGGGGAUUUGUGCUCCUGUAAACCACAUCCACAUCCCCCUGCUGCAGAAGAUAGCCCCACAAUGCGCACAGAGGCAGUAAGAAGAAGAAAGGGUAUUCUAAAACGUAAUGGCAAGUUUUCCCGCAGCUUGGACCUCCCUGAUCACUCCUCAUCUUCUUCAGCUGCUGUGAUAUUCCCAGAGGCUCUGCAGCAGCUCCUCCAGGCUACAGGGGGCACCAGUGGCACAGAGGGCAGCUGCAGUCGCCCCUCUAGUGUGGUGAGUGAAGAUAGCCUUUUUUCCUCCGAUUCUUUCGACCUACUGGACCUCAGCGCCCAAUCAAGACGCAGGAUUUUCUCAAGGGCCAUGCAGCGGAGUGGAUGCAGCUCUGAGGAGGACCUAGAGGAGCUCGGAGCUGGAGCAGACAGAGUUGGGACAGGCAGAAGACUUCAGGGGCAAGGUGCAGAUGGAGAGGGAAGGAAGGAGAUGCUAAGAUAAAGCUAAGGAAUGACGGAGACAUUAGUAUGGUAAAUAUAUGGAUUUAAUGUCCGUGCUUCAAGGCACUUUUUCAAAAUAACCCGUCAUCUUGAAGAUAUCUUUUUUAAUAAAGUAGGAGCUUACUGUUCCACAAGGAGAGACUGCAUCUCAAAGACUAUAUUGAGCAAUCUACUAUAAACUCAAAGCACUAUUUCUUGGGACAUUUCAUUUGUCUUGAAUGAUGACUUCAUAGUAUUUGUCGACGAUGCCUCUCAAUGUGAGGCCACUGAAUAGAACUGAUUUCUGAAAGGGGUUCAGUAUGUGCUGAAAUACAGAGAUGGGCCUUGAUUAUGGUAUAAUACACAGACAGUUCCUUUAAUAAAUGAGCUCUGUUCUAAUGAAGAAAGACAGAAUUCACUCUGACCUCACUUGCACAACAAAUCCAUCAUUUUAGUCCUAUAUAGCAGAUUUUUGUACAGAUGAGCCUUGAGAAUUUGAGUCUGGAAGCUGUAAUCUGGAAAGGGUACUGUUACUGAAGUUACUUUAUUGACCAGCAGGGUUUUUCAAACUGAUGACAAGCAUAACUCAGCUGGUGUCAAUGUACCAUGUCAAUAGUGACGCUAAACUGACAGGAUAAGACAAUAAAAAUUAAUAUUGUCUGCUCCAUUGUGAGGAUAAAUUCUGUUAAACUGUAAUGUUGUCGGGAUUUUUCACCACGUUGUUGAGUAUAUUUGCAUUGCACAGUAUUGUAUGUGCAUAAUUUGCUCCUUUGCACCAGAAGACACAGUGUGAAUGCCAGAUGGAUCACAUUGCUUUCACCUAGACACCACCAAUGCUGCUGUGGAUAUUUGAAUGGGUGCCAAGGUAAAUUAAUGUGGUUACAUGUAUGCCAUUGUAAAUCUGUAAUUUUCAUACUGUAAGUAGAAAAUUAUAUCAAUUGUUCAACCAUUUUGGUUCUUUUUGUGAAAAAAAAAAAAUAAAUUAUGUGAAUCUGAA